CGCCGGACAAUUUGUGUGCCGCUUAACCUAAAGGAGGAAUCUGAUUGGACCCUUCCAUUCAUUUAGAGCCUCUUUAUCCUCUCCUGAGGCUUGUUAGGAGAUAAUCCUCUUGGACCAGCCCUCUUUAGGAGAGAAACGCCAAGAUAGUGAUGAGAACAGGCAGAUUACUAAGAAGCGAGGCUUUAUCCUGGAUGUCGGAGGUGGACAACGUGACUGGGGGCCAGUCUGGAGACCUGGUCCUGCAGCCCAUUUGGGACUACCUCCACCAGAACCACCACGACUUCCUGAGGAGCCCCCUCUUCCCCGUGGCGCUCUCCAUCACCACCUACUUUCUUCUGGUUGGUCUCUACACCGUGCUGGACCUGCUGGCUCCCUCCUGGCCCUGCAUCAACCGGUACCGGCUGCACCCGGACAGGCUCGUCACCUGGCCCAACAUCUGGACCACCCUGGGGGUCACGGUCUACAACCACCUGCUCUACAUCUUCCCCGCCGCGGUGGCCCAGUGGCUGUGGAGGCCGCCGACCCCGCUGCCCCGGGAGGCGCCCACCCUCUGGAGCUUCUCCCUGGGAACUGGCUGCAUGGUGGUCUUCGACUUCCAGUACUAUCUGUGGCACCUGCUGCACCACCGGGUGCCCUGGCUGUACCGCACCUUCCACGCCGUGCACCACCAGUACAACCAGCCGUUCAGCCUGGUCACGCAGUACCUGUCGGGCUGGGAGCUGUUCAGCGUGGGCUUCUGGGCCACGGUGGACCCCAUCCUGCUGCAGUGCCACUGCCUCACGACGUGGGCCUUCAUGGUCUUCAACGUGUACGUCUCCACCGAGGACCACUGCGGCUACGACUUCCCCUGGUCCAUGCACAACCUGGUGCCCUUUGGCCUCUGGGGAGGCGCGCCGAAGCACGACGCCCACCACCAGCGCCCCGGCACUAACUGCCCCUUCUUCUCGCACUGGGACUGGCUGGGGGGCACGCACUCCGUGCCAACCGCCUCCAGCCACACGGGCGGAGAGCCAGACGACAUGAAAGAGGGAAAAGACUAA